AUGAUUUUGCGACGGAGUUCAGCGUUUGCAGCAUUUACUUUGCAUGUCUUUAUAUUAUGUUUGCAAGUAGAGGUGUCUGACGCAUCAGGGCACUUCGAGUUGCAAAUCUUAUCGAUGCAAAAUGCGAAUGGUGAACUGCAAAACGGCAUGUGUUGUGAUGGCUCACGAAACCCAACGGAUCGAAAAUGCACGAGGGAUGAAUGUGAUACAUAUUUUAAAGUAUGUCUGAAGGAAUACCAGUCGCGAGUCUCCGCAGCUGGGCCUUGCAGUUUCGGGACUGGAACUACGCCAGUAAUCGGAGGGAAUAAAUUUUCUUCGAAGGACAGUCUUAGGAAUGAAAAAUCCAGGAUUGUUUUGCAUUUCAGUUUUGCUUGGCCGAGGUCCUACACAUUGAUAGUGGAAGCCUUGGACUACGAUAACGACACCACUGGCUCAGUUGGACAGCUGAUUGAGAAGGCUUACCACUCUGGCAUGAUCAACCCAAACCACCAGUGGCAGAGGCUGACCCACAAUGGCCCUGUGGCCCAGUUUGAAUACCAGAUCCGAGUCACCUGCGAUGAGCAUUACUACGGUUUCGGCUGCAACAAGUUCUGCCGUCCGCGUGACGAAUUCUUUGGACAUUACACAUGUGAUCACAAUGGGAACAAGACUUGUCUGGAAGGAUGGUCUGGUCCUGACUGCACCACAGCUAUCUGCAGACAAGGUUGCAGCACUGAGCAUGGGUCCUGCAAAGAACCGGGAGAAUGCAAGUGUCUGUAUGGCUGGCAGGGUUUAUACUGUGAUAAGUGUAUUCCUCAUCCUGGAUGUGUGCAUGGGACCUGUGUGGAGCCCUGGCAGUGCCUCUGUGACACGAACUGGGGAGGACAGCUCUGUGACAAAGAUUUGAACUACUGUGGUACUCACCAGCCCUGCCAGAACGGAGGGACAUGCAGUAACACAGGACCUGACAAAUACCAGUGCUCCUGUCCUGACGGCUACUCUGGAGUCAACUGUGAGAGAGCUGAGCAUGCCUGUCUGUCUAACCCCUGCGCUAAUGAGGGAAGCUGUGUGGAGACCAGUCAGGGAUAUGAGUGCGUGUGUGCAGCAGGCUGGACAGGCCCAUCGUGCACAAUUAAUGUUGAUGACUGUGCACGGAAUCCAUGCAGUCAUGGAGGUACUUGCCAGGAUCUGGUCAACAGCUUCAAAUGUAUCUGCCCUCCUCAGUGGACUGGCAAAACAUGCCUGAUUGAUGCAAAUGAAUGUGAUGAUAAGCCUUGUGUAAAUGCAAAGUCCUGCCGCAACCUGAUUGGUGGAUAUUUCUGCGAGUGUCUGCCUGGCUGGACGGGACAGAACUGCGACAUCAAUGUAAACGACUGCAAGGGCCAAUGCCAGAAUGGAGGAACCUGCAGGGACCUGGUAAAUGAUUACCGCUGCAUUUGUCCUCCUGGCUUCGCUGGCGAACACUGUGAAAAAGACAUAGAUGAGUGUGCCAGCAGCCCGUGUCUGAACGAGGGUCGCUGUGAGGACGAGGUGAACGGGUUCCGUUGCCUGUGCCCAGCCGGCUUCUCCGGUAAUCUGUGUCAGCUGGAUAUCGAUUACUGUAAGCCCAACCCGUGUCAAAAUGGCGCACCUUGCUUCAACCUGGCCUCCGACUACGUAUGCAAGUGCCCGGAUGACUACGAGGGCAAGAACUGCUCUCACCUGAAGGACCACUGCCGUACAACUUCAUGCCAAGUGAUUGACAGCUGCACAGUUGCCGUGGCAUCUAACAGCACCCCUCAGGGUAUUCGAUACAUCUCCUCUAACGUGUGUGGCCCUCAUGGGCGCUGUCGGAGUCAGGCAGGGGGUCAGUUCACCUGCGAGUGCCAAGAGGGAUUCAGAGGGACAUACUGUCAUGAGAACAUAAACGACUGUGAGAGUAAUCCAUGCAAAAACGGGGGGACAUGCAUCGAUAAAGUGAGCGUGUAUCAGUGUAUCUGUGCAGAUGGCUGGGAAGGAGUCCACUGUGAGAUGAACAUCGACGAUUGCAGCAUGAACCCUUGCUUGAAUAAAGGGACGUGUCAAGACCUGGUGAACGACUUUUACUGCGAGUGUAGAAAUGGCUGGAAGGGAAAGACCUGCCACUCCCGGGAUAGUCAAUGUGAUGAAACCACAUGUAACAACGGAGGCACUUGUCACGAUGAGGGAGACACCUUCAAGUGCAGAUGCUUGCCUGGCUGGGAGGGAGCUACCUGUAAUAUAGCGAAGAACAGUAGCUGUCUGCCAAACCCGUGUGAGAAUGGAGGCACCUGUGUCGUCAGUGGUGAUUCCUUCACUUGUGUAUGCAAAGAGGGCUGGGAGGGACCCACCUGCACACAGAAUACCAACGACUGCAACCCACACCCAUGUUACAACAGCGGCACUUGCGUCGACGGCGAGAACUGGUAUCGGUGUGAGUGUGCCCCUGGCUUUGCUGGUCCAGACUGUCGAAUAAACAUAAAUGAGUGCCAGUCUUCUCCUUGUGCGCCUGGCGCUACCUGUGUGGAUGAGAUUAAUGGGUACCGCUGUCUAUGUCCUCCUGGAACAAGUGGACCUCUGUGUCAGGAAGUCACUAGACCAUGCAUGAUCAAUCCUGGACAGUUUGCCACAGAUGGCAGCAAAUGGGAGGCAGACUGCAACACUUGCCAGUGUAUGAAUGGACAGGUCACCUGCUCCAAGGUGUGGUGCGGCCCUAAAUCUUGUCAGAUCACUAAAGGUCGUGGUGGAUGUCCACUGGGCCAGUCCUGUAUUCCCAUCAAUGAGGAGCACUGCUUUGUCAAGCCCUGCCCCGGAGUGGGAGAGUGCUGGCCGUCUGUCCCCCUCCCACCCCCGACAAAAUGCCACCCCAGCUUCGCUUACCAUGAGAGCAGCUGUGCCAACAUCACAUUCACCUUUAACAAGGACAUCAUGUCUCGAGGUUUGAGCAUAGAGCAUAUAUGUAGUGAGCUGCGCCAGCUGUCUGUGGUGAAGAAUCUAUCCAUGGACUACUCGGUGUACAUAACAUGCAGCCCCUCCUCGUCGUCCAGCAACGAGAUCCACGUCAGCAUUUCUGCCGAUGAGCCAGGACUAGACAGGAAUCCUAUUAAGGAGAUCCAAAAGACAUUCACAGACCUGUUGAACAGACGUGGUGGGAACAGCUCUAUCAUCGAUGCCAUCAUCGGCGUGCGUGUGCAACAUAAUUCUCCCUCUCACUCUCUAGACUUCCUGGUACCUUUGCUGAGCUCCAUCUUCACGGUGAUCUGGAUCCUCGCCCUGGCCUCUGCCUUCCUGUGGUGUGUACGUCGUCGACGGAAACAGUGUUCCCACGGUAACAUGGCUCCAUCACCUACGGAGGACAAUACCACCAACAACGUGCGAGAGCAGUUGAACCAGAUCAAGAAUCCGAUUGAGAAACACGCUGCCCACACCGUGGCCAUAAAAGACUAUGAGGGGAAGAACUCAAUCAUCGCCAAAAUAAGGACACACAACCCAGAGGUGGAAGACGAGGAGGUGGAGAAACACGUGCAGAAGGCACGGUUCUCUAAACAACCAGGCUACACGCUGGUAGAGAGGGAGGACCGCACACCCAACAAAAAUCCAAACUGGACUAACAAACAGGACAACAGAGACUUGGAGACAGCACAGAGCUUAAACAGGAUGGAGUAUAUCGUAUAG